GACAACAAAAGGCGGUGUGUGAACCUGUCAGUAGCACAUGUCAUUACAAAAGAAGCAUGAGCAUGAUGCACGCAGUCAGCAGUCUCGAGAAGAACUACAGAUUCUAAUCAGUGGCGAUGCCUCCUGGGCAAUUUCAACCAAUGAUCAACGUUGCCCAGCACGCUAAAAUUUGGCGGACUUUCCAACUCUGUUUUUGUUGCCGAAGGUGGCUUUGGAUGAACUUUUUCUCAGGGAAUUGUAGAAAUAUUUUGCUGAACAGCCAGGUAAAACCUAUAGAGAAGAUGCUUGGAAGACUAAAACCGAAGAAAUCAUUCGAAGCUGAAUUCAUCAAAGAUUUUGAAAAUUUGAAUUUUUGCAAAAGUACAUCCACAGUUUGCAUUGAAGGCAACAUAGGCAGUGGGAAGUCAACCUUGCUCAAUCAUUUUGCAAAUUCACCACACGUAGAGGCAAUAAAAGAACCCUUAGAUAAAUGGUGCAAUCUUCAGGGACACAAUGCUUUGGAACUUUUGUAUAAGGAUAUGAAAAGGUGGAGUUUUUCCUUUAAUACUUAUGUCCAGCUGACCAGAGUGCAAAUGCAUAACUUCGAAACUCAAAAACCUAUCAGAAUGAUUGAGAGGUCUUUACACAGCACAAAACAUGUGUUCAUGGAAAAUAACAGACGGACGGGCAUUCUUCAUGAGAUGGAAUAUGCUAUAUUAGAUAACUGGUAUGAGUGGUUGAAUGAAACAAAACAGGCAGAGGUUGACUUAAUUGUAUAUGUUCGAGCUCCACCAGAGGUAUCCUAUCAAAGAAUAACAAGAAGAGACAGAAAAGAAGAAUCUGGGGUCCCUUAUGAGUAUAUAGAGGCUCUCCAUGAACUCCAUGAAGACUGGUUAAUAAAACAAAAGCAUCCAGUGCCCUGUCCUGUCUUGGUGCUGGAUGCAAGUUGUGGCCUAGAUGAUUUGAAACAUCUUUAUGAAGACAAAAGACCAGAAAUCCUUUGUGGAUAUCACUGAUCUUAAACUGUGGUUUCAGAUAUAAUGUUUUUCUUGAGACUUAUGUCAUUUUAUCUUUUUUUAUUAAUUCACAACAUGUCAAAGGAUUUUAAAAGUAAAAAAGAGAUUUUUGAAUUUCUGUCUAGUCUGUUGUGUUGAUCUUGGCAACUUACAGCAUAUUUUUUUCACAUGUCAGUUUUAUGUUUAAAUUCAGGCUUGAUCACUUUCUCCAGCUCCUUUUAAGUUAAUAGUUUAUGAUGUUUACAUUUUAGUUAUGUGUGGAAAGCAAAAAAUGUUAAAAACAGUACAAAACUUGUAUGCAUAGUUUUAAAACCAGUAUUAUUUUGCAUAAAUAACUUGUGGAGGAGAAUGUUUACAUGAAGUUGCUGAUAAUGUAGAUUAUUUAUUCAGAGAACAAUGUCAUUUUUUAAAUAUUGGUGUACAUAUUUUUCUUAUACACUGUUUCCUCUUUUGUUUUCAUAUGUAGUCAAGCCAGUCACCACAUUGUGUCAGAUGCAGUGACAUUGAGGAAAGUAUAUAUAAUGUGAAUAUUUAUGGUCAUGUAAAAUCUGUAAUGCACAUAGACCUGUUGGUGCUUACAGCUAAAAUAUCCAGUGUGUUUGUUGACAGAUGCAUAUAUGUCAUCAUUUAAUACAACUCAACACUGGCAAAGGUGCAACAUAAAGAGAAGACUACUUCUCUUCAAACUGUAUUUUGAAACUGCUGUAUUCACUCUCUGAGAAAGUAUUGUAAGGCAUCUCAAUUUUCAUUUUGAAUCCAUUGUUGAGCAAUGGCAUCAGCAUUGAAAUAGCUGAUCUUGUAAGAAUUUUAAAACACUGGAGAAUAGUGUGACAAAAAAUUGUGGCCCUUUAAGAUAUUUUAUGUGUGGAUGUUAAGUAAAUGUCACAUAUGACAUCAUAAAUGUACACAUCAAGAGCCUUGGAUGACCUGGGUUCUGCAUUUUAUCAGCCAGAGUGAAAGGGUUUUAACAUUAAAAGACAUUCAUGAAUAUGUGAUGAGUGCGUGUGAGUCACAUUUGUAUUAUUCUUGGUAUCAAUUUUUGGCAGAUAAGUUAGCGUAUUAAGACCAUUUUAUUGUAUUACUCGUACUGUCAUUUUAAAAUUUGAUGACCCAUCUCCUGUGCUCCACUGUGACAAAUAUGAAAUAAAUACCAUGUCAUUAUAUAA